UCUUCUGCUUUUAAUAAAGAAAUCAGUUGUUCUCCGCGUUACAAUCGGAGGGAAUAAUCUGUUCAUUGGUCAGAGAGUUGACAUUGUCAAAAAAAUUGUAGAAAAUCCAGCUGUUGCGAUCGUGAAGCCAUUGAAGAGAAGAAGAAGAAGCUUCCUUUUCCCCCACGCAUUCCUCUUCCUCCAUUCAGCUCUGCAGCAAUGUCCGGUCAGUACGCUUCUCCGGCGGUGCAUAUCGUUUACACGGAGAAGCCUCGCGAUGAGGAACCUGAGGCCUAUCACAUCCGAACCCUAGUUUCUGUUCUCGGCAGUGAAGAGGCUGCUAAAGAGGCUCUUGUGUAUAGCUACAAGAAUGCAGCCAGUGGAUUCUCAGCUCGGCUUACUCCCGAUCAGGUCGCGGAGGUUUCCAAACAACCAGGAGUUUUACAUGUUGUCCAAAGCGGUACUCAUCAGCUGCAUUCAGGAGGAGGAGGAGUAUCAAGGCUUCACUAGAGAAAUGUUGAUGGGUUUGUUACCUAAAUAAAGUGCAUUUUGUGUAAUAUUGUGCAUAUUACUGAAUACUCAUCUAUCUAUUUGCUCUAAUCCGUCUGCGUCAGAUAAUUAGGCCAAUGAUUUGGCUCGUCUAAGUAUACAAUUUGGUCCCUUAUACGUAUAUCGUUUUCUAAUUAGCCCCUAAUAUAUAGAAUUAUUUCUAUUUAGUCUCUACCAUCAAGAACUGUUAAAUUUUUAAUGGUGGGUUGAUGUGGAAGCAAUACCGUUUAGUUAAUGGUAUUGGUACUUGGUAGGUAUGUGAUUGAAAGACGUUAAAAUAUAUGGUUUGAAUACUAUUUUGGUCUCCA